AUGUAGUGCACAUACAAAGAGAAAUCCUUGGUAAUUAUUUUGCCGACAUUUGUAUUAAUCUUCAACAUUGAAUCCAUCCCUCAAUCAUGACAAAACGACCUCCAACAUCAAGACAAACUAGUGACGAGCAAAGUCCUGCCGUUCAACAGACAACACAAGAAGCAAUAUCUCCUCAAAGACAGCAAGAGCAGUCAGUCCUGCUCGAACCUUUUUAUGAGCGUCUUAUUGGCAUGACUUUUGAUCAAAGCACCACAGCUAUUGAACGCUGUCGCGAUUUGUGCGCAGAAUUUGGAUUUACUGUGAAACAAGAGGCCAGCACACACAGAAAUAUUUAUGUUUACUGUUCUCGUGAAGGACUUCCCGAUUCACUUCGCAAUCCCAAAUCAAACCCACAGCGUAAGAGACCUUCUAAAAGAUGCGAUUGCAGAUGGAGAGUGGUACUGUUCGAGAACGGGAAUAAAUGGGAAUUCAGAAAAUCCUUAAACCCUGAGGCUGGUAAGCACAACCAUGAAUUAAUGCGCCCUGAAGAAAUCGAGCGCUCCUGGCCCAAAGAAGUUACAGCUUUAAUUUGUGAACUUGCACGUUUACGUAUAACCACUCAAGAUAUCAGAAGCCGAGUCCGAGGCCAAUUUCCUAAUAUACACUGGAAUGAGCGCCGAUUUUACAACAGGCUCUCAGAAGAGCGUCAAAAGAUCAAAUUAAGGGAUACAGCUGAACGGACACAUCAGUUAACUCAAAUAUGGAGCAAAGUGUGUAUGGCAACUGCUGGAAAUGAUGAACUAUCUGAAUUUGUAAAGCAAGAAAUGGUUACGUUAUUUCAAUCCGUCUGUGAAACUGCUCAUAUCGAUCCACAAAGCUUUCCCUCUUCUUCUAUAUCAUGGGAUGACGACUAUGUGAGUGAGGCAUCCACACCAUCAUCAGCUGGACCAGAUAAUAAUAGUGCCGCUGAUCCUUAUGAUACCAAUACAGGAUACUCUGUAAGUAAUGAGCGAAGUGAAUACAAGCCAUUUAAAGCGUAUGUGAAACAAGAUGCAAAUUCCAGUGGCAGUACCUCUGCAGCAAAAGGCUUUAUCACUGUCGAAAUUCCGAAACAAACCUAUUAUAUAAAAAUUCAUAACCAACGCCAACUCUACGAAAGCCAGCUGUUAAAGAAUCAAAGAAGACCUAGAACAUAUUCCGAAGAUACAAAUUCACCCAGCUCAUUCGAGCCAGCUAGGAAGAUGUCUAGAAAAGGAAAAGGAAAGCAGUGUGCAUUAGAUGAACAAGCGGACACGUUACAAACUUUGAUCGCGCAUCCUUAUCCUAACAGAACAAACACGCCCAAUGUUUCUAUUCCACCUCCCAGACAGCAAGAUAUCCAGCAACAACAUCAUCAACAGCAACGGCAACAGCACCAUCAACAACAACAACACCAUCAGCAGCAACAGCAACAGCAACAGCAGCAACAACAACAACAGCAACAACAACAGCAACAACAACAACAGCAACAACAACAACAGCAACAACAACAGCAGCAGCAGCAGCAACUUCAACAACCUGCAACAACAUUUGUAUAUUACGAAAAUAGCAGUAUGCCUUUAGACUCGUCGUUAUCUAGUUAUGUUCAUCCAUCAUUUCCAAAUAAUUACAAUAUGAAUUCUGCACCCAAUACACCUGGAUUUAACACGCAGGAGCUCACCUUCUCAUUUGACUCAUCUAUGAAUCGCAAUAGUGUAGAGUCCGGCGAAAGCAAUAGUCGCAACGAUACGAAUAUUCACCCAGCAUUACAGUCCAUGCCGCAUCAGCAGCAGAAACCAGCACAGCAUAAGAAAUCACUGAAUGCAAUUAUACCUCAAUCUCAACAACCUGGAAAUAACUCAAGAUUGUAUGCACUAUCAUCUGUAUCGAAUAAUACCAUUAUUAACGACAAUAGUAGUAAUAACAAACAGCAAAUGCGGGCCGUAUAUGAGUCACCCAAAGACAACAAUAUACGAUCUUUACUGCCGGACGCUCAACCAUCGUAUCAACGUCAACAACAAGGACUAUAUAUGAGACAGCCAUCGUCUCCCAAUCAGCAUCAUAUUGCAAAUAGUAUAUUACCUAUGUAUCAGCAGCAGCAACUUCCUCCUGAUGCGUUGAGAUUGAGUAACAUGCACCAUCAAAAUCCCCCUCCGCAGUAAAUGAAUUCCCUGUAAUUAAGUGAGAUUGUAUAAAAUGUUAUUUUUUUUUAUUAUUAUUAUUCUGGUAUGGCAAUAAACUAUAUGACAAUAUGCUCCCUA